CCUCUCAUGCCGUCCCUCCGCCCCUCUUCUUCCUAGCUCAGAGCCAUGGCGUCCCAGGGCCGUCGGCAGAGGCCACCGCGGAGACCCGAGACGGUGGUGCCCGGGGAGGCUGCGGAGACAGACUCAGAGCUCUCGGCGUCCUCGUCAGAGGAAGAGGAGCUGUACUUGGGCCCCUCAGGCCCGAUGCGCGGCCGCCCCACGGGACUGCGGGUAGCCGGGGAGGCUGCGGAGACCGACUCGGACCCAGAGCCGGAGCCCAAAGCCGCGCCGGGGGACCUGCCUCCGCUCGUGGUGCAGCGGGAACAGGGUGGGGAGGCCUGGGGCACCGUGGAGGACCCGGCGCCCGCCCCAGCGCGCUCUCUGCUGCAGCUCCGGCUGGCCGAGAGCCAGGAGCGCCUGGACCACGACGUGGCGGCCGCAGUGAGCGGCGUGUACCGCCGCGCGGGCCGCGACGUGGCCGCUCUGGCUGCUCGGCUGGCGGCCUCGCAGGCGGCGGGGCUGGCGGCGGCUCACAGCGUGCGCUUGGCGCGAGGGGACCUGUGCGCGCUGGCCGAGCGCCUUGACAUCGUGGCCGGCUGCCGCCUGCUGCCGGACAUCCGCGGCGUUCCGGGGACAGAACCCGAGCAGGACCCGGGGCCGCGAGCCUAGCC